AUGUCUUCCACGACUAAACUGACUUCUCCCUCAAGGAAUCAAUCCAAGGAGAGUCUAGUUUCUCGCCCACUCGACGACGUCUUAAAACUCUGUAAUCCUCUCGGAGAUGAUGAUGAGGUUGAUGACAUUGAUAGUAUUAACUUGGAGGAUCCACAGCUUUGUGGUGCCUAUGCGUGCGAUAUCUACGAGUAUUUGCAUUUAUCCGAGGUAAAUAAAAGACCUGCUGUUGAUUACAUGGAGAGAGUUCAACCAAACAUCAACCCUAGCAUGCGUGCUAUCCUCAUUGACUGGCUCGUGGAGGUUGCCGAAACGUAUCGGCUUUGGCCAGAGACUUUGUAUCUUGCAGUGAACUGUUUAGACAGGUACCUUUCAGGUAACGUAAUCACCAAGAAAAACUUGCAGUUGCUUGGUGUUUCAUGCAUGAUGAUUUCAGCAAAAUAUGAACAACGGUGGGUGCCUCACGUGGAGAGUUUCUGUUACAUCACUCAUAACACUUACUCAAGUGACGAGCUUCUGGAGAUGGAGGCUUGUGUUUUGGAUUACUUGAAGUUCGAAUUAACGACUCCAACUGCAAAUUGUUUUCUAGGGCGAUUUGUCCGUGCUGCACAAGGCAAAGGAGAGGUGGUGCCAUCCCUCUUGUUUGAGUCAGUAGCGAGUUAUCUCUGCGAAUUAUCUCUCUUGGAUUACACUAUGCUUUGCUACGCUCCAUCACUCGUCGCUGCCUCUGCUGUUUUCUUGGCACAAUACGUAUUACACCCUUCGAGAAAACCAUGGAGCUCUACGUUAGAGCAUUACGCAUGGUACAGGGCUACACAUUUGGAAGCGUGUGUUAAGAGUCUUCUUCGGCUAUGUCAUGAGAGUCCUUCGGGCGAUGUAGUUGCAGUCAGAAAGAAGUAUAGUCAAGAGAAAUACAAUUGUGCAGCAAUGAAGUUUUACCCCACCUCACUGCCGCAAGAGCUCUUCCUCUGA